UAUGUUAAUAUGUCUGUGCUGUUCAGGUUUGGUGGUAGUCACUUCCUGUGAUGCGUGCCAUAAGCAUGCCUCCUGUGCACCUGUGCUGAAAGAGUCUCGCACUCAGGCUGAUUCCUUCCCACCCACAUUUACCUGCUCCUGCGCUGAGGGUUUCUCUGGCAAUGGCAUCACCUGUUAUAACAUCUCAGCAUGUAGUAAGCCUGGCGCCUCCUGCUGCACUGAUGGGUACCAUUGGUCUGAACAUGGCUGUGUUGACAUUGAUGAGUGUUCUGGUGAGAAGAGUCCCUGCACUGCGCCACUACUGUGUAAAAAUACACCUGGGUCUUUUGCCUGUCUGCCCCCAGUUGCUUACACUAAAGAUACUGUACAAAAUAUUGAGCUAGCCUCUAACCAGCUGACCUGUGGGGGUGAGGUGUGCAGCUCAGGCCAGGACUGUAUCACUAUAAAUGGAGCCCUCCGCUGUGUUGAUCCCUGCCAGUACUACACCAUUCUGGAUGACCCAUGGCGCUCUACUGACUUACAGACAAGUGGUACACUGCACUGCGAUGUGGGCAUCAACUGGCAUGGCUGGUACAGGAUGUACCUGGGAAAUGUCAGUGUCCAGAUGCCUCAGAGGUGCAUCCAACCCAACACGUGUGGCACAAAUUCCCCUGUUUGGCUCAAGACGCCCCCUCCAUCACAGUCAGAAGGUGUGGUACAGGCCACUGUGUGUGCGAGCUGGAUAGGAGGCUGCUGUAACUUUGAGUUCUCCAUUGGUGUCAAAGCCUGCCCCGGAAACUACUAUGUCUACAAGUUUGUCUCACCACCUCUGUGCUUCUUGGCAUAUGCAGCAGAUGCCAACUCAAAAGUGUGUGACACCUGCAAGAACGGAGAGUCCUGUGUCAGUGAAGACAAGAUCACCUGGACGUGCAAGGCUCAAGGUGACAUCUUAUCAUCUGUGUGAAUCCCAGUUAUGGUUCCAUUAAUAUUAACAAGCAAUUAUUUAAUUAUAAAUCCAGGGACACUUUUACGCUUAAGUCUCAGUGAACAGAACCUAGUGCAAAACUAAAUUUUUUAAAAAUAUUUCUGAGCACUGUAAUCCAGCAAACACCCUCUCUACUAGACCCCCAGCCUACUACACCUCUCA